UUUAUUGAUUUUCCGAAAGAAGAACCGCAGCGCAGAUUCUUGUUUUGCGAAAAUAAUAAUUUACGGACUAAAAACUAUCUACGAAAAUGACUGAAACAAAGGAAAACAUUUUCUUAUUUGUUCCCAACAUUAUUGGGUUCGCCAGGGUUAUUCUUCUUAUUAUAUCGCUGUAUUAUAUGCCGACACACUGCAUUGUAGCUUGUACUUGCUACGUUACUUCUGCAUUACUUGAUGCCUUUGAUGGUCAUGCAGCCAGACUCUUCAAUCAAAGUACAAAAUUCGGCGCUAUGUUGGACCAGCUUACGGACCGCGCCGGCACUAGCUGCCUCAUGAUGACCCUCGCGACCUUCUACCCGCAGUACACCUUCUGGUUCCAACUGUCCAUGGCCAUAGACAUCACCGGCCACUGGCUGUAUCUCCACACCACAACUCUGCAGGGGAAGACGUCCCACAAAUUCAUAGACAUGUCGGGAAACCCUAUCAUGCGCCUCUACUACAUGAACAAAACCGUUCUGUUCUGCAUGUGCGCCGGAAAUGAAGCAUUUUAUGCGGCUCUGUAUGUGAUGUACUUCUAUACCGGACCUACAGUGUUGGGCAUGGGGCUGUUCAAGCUGAUUGCGCUCGUGAGCAUGCCUGUCGCCGUCGUCAAGACUGGCAUCACGAUACUGCACAUGGGCGUCGCUUCCCUGAACCUGGCCACAAUCGACGUCAAUGAGCGAGCUGAAAUCGCUGCCAAACAAACCAAUUAAGGGAUUUAACAAACCUCGAUGAUGUCUCUGCUGCAGAUAUUACCCAGACUUCCAAUUUACCCCAGUGAUCUUAUUCCACAAAUUAUUUCGUUAUAUUUGGCUCUGAAUAAAGCUAAGCGUCCACUUGUCGGUAUCGUACGCAACGGACGAUGCGGACAGGUGGACGCACUUAUUUAUUUAGGAAAACCAGGAUUUUACAGUGUGUAAUAAUGACAUAAGAUAGCACUUAUAUGAGUUUCCAUAUAAAUAAUACUACGAUCCGUUGCGUGCGAUACGUCCGAUGCGUACGAUACCGACAUGUGGACGCUAAGCUUAAGAAAGAUUGAUAUUAAAGCCAAUGCAUUGUUUUGAAGUUAUAGCUGAUAUUACAUCACAUUAAGAUUUGACAAGGACUGGGGAUAUCUAAAUAAUCAGACAUGUUUAGUACAACAAAGGCAGUAGGUAGUAGGUAACAUUACAAAAUGAUGCGCCUUUAUUUUACCGAGCAUGCGGUUGUUGAACUGAAGAUUAUCAAGAUCUACCAUUUUUAUAGUGGCCAAAUAUUAUUAUUUUUGUACAAAUUGUGCUAAAGCAUAAAGUAUUACAGCAUUAUUCCAAGAUAUAAAUCUACUUGCAUUUAAGUUAACCAUUGUGUUUUAAAAAAUCAUUGAUUUUUUAAUUUUUUUACCACUGUUGUAUGUGAUUUGUUACCCAGUCGCUUAUUAUUUGUUGUAUAUUUUAUGUAUGUAUUUAUUUAUACUAUAUCUAAGAUAUUACGUAGUCUGUGUUUAGUGAUUGGUGUUGUUAUUGUUAUUUUAAACUUAAUUAAUGCAAUAAUAAGAAAAUUAUAGUUUAUAUUGAAGAGGGAUUGAAAUUUUAUAAUAUAGGGUGACUCAGAAAACAUAACAUUCAGAAGUUUUGAAUCAAAGAACAAUAGUAUUUUAAGAAAACUAGAAGUCAUAAAAUAUAUCGGUCAUUAUAGUGACUAUAUCUCAGCAAUAGUCUACUUUCUGAGACACUUUCUACACGAAAUACGAGGUAUGGGUAAAGGAAUGUAAUACUCGAAUAAAUUAACUAAAAAAAAAUCUUAGCUUCCUCAUAGUAAGAUGUGUUUACAUAGGACUUGGUAGGUGACCAACUAGACUUGGAACUGUUCAAUUAUUGUAUGUUGUGUUGGAAUAAUAGUUGGGGAUUACUCUGUUGUUAGUGUUUAAGUAUUUCCAAAGAAUUUGAAGGAACAAUCAAAUA